AUGGAGGCCCUCAGAGCACAGAGUCCGACAUCUGGAUUUCAAAUUGAGACAGUGCCUAUCCCAACUCUUGGACCCAACGAUGUCUUGAUCAAGGUCGCUGUGGCGGGGAUCAGCCCCGGCGUCGUCAGGCUGACCAGGAUGGGCAAAUCUCACACCCCUAGCACCGUGGGACACGAGGCCGCCGGGACCAUCGCAGCAGUCGGAGAUAAUGUCAAGGACUUGGCGGUGGGAAGCCGCGUUCGUCUGCACCCGAUGCUAAGUUGUGGGCAAUGCUUAAACUGCAUCCACGACCAGGACAAUCUCUGUGACGAUGCCGCCCUGAUGGGCUUUGCAAGGUUCGGAAAACCCUCGGCGCUCUACAACAGGUACCACGACGGGACGAUCGCUGAAUAUGUCCGGGCACCCCGCCAGCUCAUCGACCAGCUCCCGGAAAACGUCUCUAUGGAGGUCGGCGCCAAGGUUCACGACGUUGCCACCGCCCUGCGGGCACUCAAGUUGGCCGAGAUCACGCAUGAGUCUACCAUCGUGAUAACGGCCGCCUCGGGCACCAUGGGGACUCUGACCCUGAAGUUAGCCCACCUCUUUCCCAUCAAGAAGAUUAUCCUUGUUGGCCGGUCCAGGCCGCGGCUCGAGCAGAUUCGCAAACUGAGCAGCAUCCCUACCGAGCUACUCAUCACGGAAGAGACGGGCCCCGAUAACGCGCCGGCGCAAGCUCUCGUUCCUCUACUCUUGGAAAUUGCCCCCGAAGGCAUCGACGCUAUCAUCGACUACCUACCGUCGGGCGACAUUCUCCCUCGGAUUCUCCCGGCUCUUAGGAAUGGUGGGGCACUAGUUCAUAUGGGCGGAAACCCAAAGUCGCUGCCCAUUCCCCUCAUCCUCAUCAUGAACAGCUGCUGGAAGCUGACUGGGGGUCGGGCGAACGCGAGAGAGGAUGUCGUCGAGGUCUUGAAGUGGCUCGAGGAGGGCAAGUUAGAAGUGGAAGACCUCAUCACGCACCGGUUCGACUUUGGGGAGGUACACAAUAUGCUGGACCUUUUGGAGAACAGGGGUGAGCCGGUCUGGCUCAGUGUCUUGCAUAUGAAGAAUUAG